CGCCAGCGCGGCCCGGGGCUCCGGCGGCAGGGGCGGAUCAGCGGGCCCCGCGCCCCCGUUCCCAAAGGCUCCUCCUCGGCUCCCGGCUCCGCAGCCACCUGUGCGCGCCCCGGGCGGGGCGGGGCCGGGCCGAGCCCCGGGUCCCUCCUCCGCCGGUGCCUGCGGGAGGGACGGGACGGAGAGAGGCUCCGGCAGCGCGGCGGGACCCGGCGGAGGGAGAGCCCGGCCCGGGGAAGAGGCGGCCCCGCCAGGUGCCGGGCCGAGGGCAGCGCGUCCCGGCGGGGCAGCGCUCACGGGCAUGGACAAGCUCAACAGGCUGACGGUGCCGGCCGGGGAGAAGUUCAGGAAGCUUCAGAAGAUGGUGCAUGACAUCAAGAAAAAUGAAAGUGGGAUAAUAAACAAGUUCAAAAAGUUCCAAAAUGAGCAAGUGGCCUUAAUUUGCAAAACUGGGAAAGAUACUUGGGAUCGCCUUAAAAAAAAGCCACCGCCAAGUCUGCCAAAAAGGGAUUAUGCUUCAGAACACACAGACAAUGAAGAGGAACAAUGGUCAGAUGAUUUUGACAGUGAUUAUGAAAAUCCAGAUGACCACUCUGACUCUGAGAUGUACGUGGUCCCCAGUGAAGAGAAUCCUGAUGACAGCUAUGAGCCACCUCCCAGUGAGAAGGAGAAAAAGAAGAUUCCCUCUGCAUUCCCUAUUUCUAGGGGUGAAUAUGCAGACAAUCGCACCAGUCACCAGAAGCUUCCUCCCAUCAACAAACCUCUCCCAAGUACACCCAGUCCAGCCAUGUCCAGACCAAAGAAACCGUGUGUGCCAUCCAUGCCAUUGCCAUCUCCUGCUGCAAAACCAAAAGUGCCACCAAAGCCUAAGGAGUGCAGUGAUGAUGAGGAUAACUACAUUGUGCCAGUGGACAAUGAUGAUGAUAACUAUGUUGAACCCACAGAAGGCAGCAUGUCAUUACCUACAAAAUCACCUGUGAACAGAUUUAUGAAGACAACAAAGCCAGCCCCUCCUAUUUCUCCAAAGCCUUCUAUUAUGCAAGAAGUCUACGAGGUUCCUGAAGAAGAGGAAAAACCAUCACCACCACCAGUAACCAGGUUCACCAAGCCACUGAUGUUCAUGCCUGCUCAGAAUACGGAGCACUCCCACAUGCACAGCAUGGCCAGAGAUUCACCUAAGCAGGAUACUUCCAGAAAUAUUUUGCCUCUCCCCAGAAGUCGUCUUCAUCCAAAAACAGACCAUGAAGCAAACAAUAAUGAUGAAAGUCAGAGGUUCAAUAACACACAAGAAUCCAGAUUUCCCACUGGAGCAGCUCCAGCUCCAUCUCCGUUACCAAGGGGCCUCAAGAAAACUUCUAAUGCAGUAAUUUCACCAAAACCGUGUUUACCUUCCAGAGAGACCUUAACUGCAAAUGAAGAAAAACCUAUGGCACCAGAACGACAGCGCAAUUCCAACCAGGAACUUCCACUUCCCCCACUUCCAAGUGGUGCCCAAAAGCCUCUGCUCCAAAAGCCCUCAAUUCUGCCAAAAGUGCCAGAAGCUGCAAACCGUUCUUUGGGUGCUUCCCCUCCCAGCAGCACUUCAUCCAUUUCAAGUUCUGCAGAUGAGGAUGCUGGUGUUCACAGUAAAGCAUGGUAUGCCGCUACCUGUGAUAGGAAAAUGGCAGAAGAUGCAUUGUACCGAUCAAACAAGGAUGGAUCUUUUCUAAUAAGGAAGAGUUCUGGACAGGACUCACAGCAACCAUAUACACUGGUUGUAUUUUACAACAGAAGAGUGUACAACAUCCCUAUACGAUUUAUUGAAUCAACAAGGCAAUAUGCACUGGGCAGAGAAAAAAGUGGUGAAGAGCGCUUCGACAGUGUUGCUGAAAUAGUAGAGAAUCAUCAGCGCACCUCCCUGGUUCUAAUUGACAGCCACAACAACACAAAAGACUCAACAAAACUGAAAUAUAUUGUAAGAGUUUCUUAAUCAAACUCAGCUGCUGAAAUGAAGACCCCUUUAAUCAUUUCUUUCAACAUACUGAGACAUGGACAAAGUAUUAAAAGAAGAAAAUCCAAAGUUAUGGGAAACACUCUUCAAGAGCACCUACAGAGUGGUAAGAAAUGCAUUUCAUAGAGUUCAACCCCAUGUCACUUUUAUCAGGAAAGUUUAACACAAGAAGCCAAAGCAGAUUCACUGUCAUCUGUGAAAACAUGGGCAUCCAAAGUCACAGGAAGAACUGCAUACCACAGCCUGGUCCUCUGACUGCUGUUUGAAGAUAGAUUUCUUGAAGGACAUUUUCAUUUUAAAAAUGAGAAUACCCACAGUGAUCUACUCUUUCAAUUUAUGUUUACCACAUAUCACUCCUUUCAGCAAUUUCUUUGUAAAGUGCACAGCCCCAGAUAUUAGAGCAACUUGACCUAACGUACCACUGGGUACAAGUUGAAAAUAGGACUGUACUUUGUGAUUAGUGGCAAUAAAUGCACCUGAAUGUUUUAGAUUUAUGGACAUAAGUUGUACUUUCCCUCAGCUUCACCCUAUUUCAUUGAUACUUUUGUUUGUAUUUUCAAAUGUACAAAUAAAAUUUAAAAUACUGUAAA